CAUUACGAGUAUCAGAAUGGAAAGUCAAGGAAGAGAAGCAAUCUUCCCAAGCAAUCGACAGAGAUCAUGAAGCGAUGGUUCGAUGAAAACAUGCACAACCCAUAUCCCAGCGAAGAGCAAAAGAGGCAUUUCGCCGCAGUUGCUGGUAUCAAUUUGACUCAGGUCAGCAACUGGUUCAUCAACCACAGGCGCCGC